ACCAGCAUCUGAAAAGGAUUACGAGCACAGCGAUGUGACUAAAGGAUUGGUAGAGCUGCAGCCCCGCCCUUGGUUCCGUCCCAGAAUGCUGAGCCCGGUCCUCUGUUCAGACCUUGCAGCCUUGGAGCCAGAGUACACAGAUGCUGAUGUCAUCUCUACGGUGGAGUUUAACCAGACGGGAGAGUUUUUGGCCACGGGUGAUAAAGGUGGAAGGGUCGUCAUCUUUCAGAGAGAACCACUGGGCGAGUAUAAUGUGUAUAGUACAUUUCAGAGUCAUGAGCCUGAAUUCGAUUACCUGAAAAGUUUAGAGAUUGAAGAGAAAAUCAACAAGAUUCGCUGGCUGCCUCCACAUAACCCCGCCCACUUCCUCCUUACCACCAAUGAUAAGACCGUAAAGCUGUGGAAGGUGAGUGAGAGAGACAAGCGGGCAGAAGGGUAUAAUCUCCGAGAUGAGGAGGGCCGGCUGAAGGACCUCUCUACAAUCACCACUCUGCAAGUCCCUGUCCUGCGGCCAAUGGAUCUCCUGGUGGAGGCAUCUCCACGACGUGUCUUUGCUAACGCACAUGCAUAUCACAUCAACUCCAUCAGCGUCAACAGCGACUGUGAGACAUACCUAUCAGCCGAUGACCUGAGGAUUAACCUGUGGCAUCUCAGCAUCACUGACCGUAGCUUCAAUAUUGUCGAUCUGAAGCCAGAAAACAUGGAGGACAUGAGUGAAGUGAUCACCGUGGCAGAGUUUCACCCUCACCACUGCCACCUUCUGGCCUUCAGCAGCAGCACAGGAACUACACGCCUCUGUGACAUGAGAGCCCGCGCACUCUGCGACCAACACGCCAAACUGUUUGAAGAGGCGGUGGAUCCGACUCGCCGGUCGUUCUUCUCAGAGAUUGUUUCCUCGGUGUCAGAUGUCAAGUUCAGUCACAGCGGCCGGUACCUGCUCACCAGAGAUUACCUCACCGUUAAAGUCUGGGACCUCAACAUGGAAAAUAAACCGGUGGAAGUAUACCAGGUCCACGACUACUUGCGAACCAAACUGUGCUCUUUAUAUGAAAGCGAUUGUAUUUUUGACAAGUUUGAAUGUGCCUGGAACGGAACAGACAGCGUGAUAAUGACAGGGGCUUACAACAACUACUUCCGAAUGUUUGACCGGGCGAGUCGACGUGACGUCACUCUGGAGGCCAGUCGGGAGGUUUGUAAGAGACGGGCGGUUCUGCAGCCGCGCCGGGUCUGUGUGGGCAAAAAACGAAAAGAGACUGACGUCAGCGUGGACAGUCUGGACUUCAGGAAGAAAAUCCUCCACACCGCCUGGCAUCCCAAAGAAAACAUCAUCGCCAUCGCUGCCAGCAACAACCUCUACAUUUUUCAAGACAGACUGACACCCAACGGACAUCAUAAUACGCCCGAAAUACAAAGUGCACCUCCCAAAUGACGAUCCUUCUGUAAAAGUUACAGAUUUCUUGCCCUUUAUUGUCAGUUUGGAUCUGAAAAUCAGUGUCUGCCGCAUCUCAUAAACUAUUAUGUACACGUAUAACCCCAACAGUUGAAUAUCGCAUACGUAUAACUGUGGUCCUGAACGAGAACGUAUCUCUCAGAUUCAGUGCUAUAGCAUGGCAUGCAGUAUGAACACUCGGGUUAGAUAAUGUUCAGCUUCCCCGAAUCAUUCAGAUCGCACAUGCAUGUUUACAAAGCUGUUUGCUCAUAAACAGGGCUUAUUUAUGACGAUUGUAUACAAAUCAGAGCCUUUACAAUGCUUUACGACGCUCUGCAGUGCUUGUGUAGAAUUAAGUGUCUCUUCGUUCUUCUCAGGCUUGAGUUUUCUUCGGUUUUCUUUGGUUUGACAAACUGCUCAGGGACUCUCAAAGGCCUCUUCCUAUGUUCAAUGGCAAAACGCACCAAAACGAAAUCCAGAACAAGCAGAGGACAGGAUGCGGGAAUUAUGGAGGUCUGCUGAGAGACAUUGCUGGAAGGAAAACAGCAUGUGCAGGGAUCAGUUUCAAUGCUGAGUCAUCACCGCUCCCACCUCAAUGUGUAACAGAGCAUUCCCAAUUGAAUGCUUUUGACCAUGUACUUACAGGAGUUUGCUGACUGGUGCAACGAUGAUUUGUUUUAAAGAUGUAGCUCAGCCAAAACAUGAGAAUGAAAUUCUCACCCUUGUGCCAUUCCAAAUACAUUUCAUUUUCUUCCUUUUGUGGAACACAAAAAGAGAAUAUUAGCUGAAUGUUCACGCUGCUCUUUUCCACACAAUGAAAACAUACUGAAGUUCUUCAGGAUGAGUCAUUGUGCUUUAAAACUGGAGAAGUUAUUAGGACUAAACGAAUGCCAUUAAUUUCAUUUAACCUAAUUAUCCGCUUGUUAAGUGUGACGUCAUGGGAGCGGUUUCUGGAUUCAAGUGCUCUAUCAAACUGUAUGGGGAGACUUAUUAAAUGGUAAUAAUAAACGUUUAUAAAGCGAUGCUUAAUAUCCAAUAGCCAGAAAGAGAUACAUUUUUUAUAAAUUAUUAAAAAUUUGUUAUGUAUGAAGCAGCAAUUCCAGAGACUGGUGUGUACACCAUGAGUUUAUAUAAAAUUCAAUUUAAUGUGUGAUAUGACUAAAAAGUGGCCAUAAACGAAUAUUUUUACAAUUCAAAUGAGUAGCGGCUCGGACCCAGACAGUAUUUCAUAUAUUACGACUUAACAAGCGGAUACGAAUAUGUGCAGACGCACAAUACAGAGUAGAACAAGAGUUCGCAACCCUUCCUGCAGGCACAGUACGUCAACAUGACGUCAUAUUGACGUUGUACCCCAAUGUACACACAAUGUCAUGGAGACGUUGGAUUUUUGAAAAUUAGGUCAAUGCCAACGUCCACCCUAAAAUCAACGUCUAAUCAUGUUA